GGUGGCCGCCGCCGACUGGGAGUCGGUGGGCGGGGCGUGGACGCCGAUGUCGGAAGGACUAACGGCGGAGCGGAUCGAGAUCGUCAAGGCGACGAACCAGAGCGAUCGGGAUCGGCACAAGAAGAACAUGAAGAACAUGGGAAGCGAGGAUCAGAGAAUUCCGCAACUGGGUAGGGGAAAACUCACGGGCGAUAGAAGCGAUCGACCAGAAGGACGAUUCGCCGGAGAUAAGCCUGAAUCUGAUACCAGAUGUAACGCCCGUGGCCGAUGAGUAUCGCCGGCGUGAGAGAUUUCACCAGAACAGAUCAGAGAAUCGCAGGCAGGAAGAGGACACCUUCCUGAUCCAUUGAUUUAGAUUCGAUUCAGAAUAAACAUGCCGACUCCAUACAGACUUGGUCUACUUAAGCCAUCACGCAACACCUCUCAAGGACCCCACCUGUCAUUACAGAAUACGCCACACUCUACUAUACGUCUUCCUACACGCAACACGUCUUCAUGGCGUAGCCGUGACACCUUAUUACCCGUGUCAAGUUAUGAUUACAGCAUGGCUAAUUUGUCAAGCGAUAUUCUUAUCAUCCAUUGCAUGUAUCACUUGUAAUGUAGUCAAUUUAUGUCUCUUGUUUUUUCUUUUUGCAUCCAUUUGCUUGAACUUCCAUUACAGUGAUAUAUUUAUAGUGCAUUAAUCCCUGCAAACUGCUUGCUUUUCACCAGCAUGGAUCAUCAGAACUUCUUUUGGCUGAUCUUGGCAUCGGAGAUUGGUUUGGGAGUUUGCUAUUUUCUGCUGGACAGCAGGCUAAUGAGGCUGUUCAGGAUCAGCUAUCUGCUCUUAGUUUCUCUAGCUUGGCAGUCAUUUUUGGUGCUGGACUUGUAACUAGUUUGUCUCCAUGUACACUCAGCGUUCUGCCAUUGACCCUAGGAUAUAUAUAUAUAUAGGUGCAUUUGGCUCUGGAAAAGGCCGAACUGAGGUUAUCGGAAAUUCAAUAGCAUUUUCAUUAGGACUGGCAACAACUUUAGCUAUUCUUGGUGUUGCUGCUUCGUUUGCUGGAACGGCUUAUGGUCAGGUUGGACAAGGACUCCCAGUGGCUGCUUCUGGAUUGGCCAUCAUCAUGGGACUGAACCUUCUGGAGGUAGUCAAGUUGCAACUUCCCUCCUUUUCCAGCGAUUUUGACCCUCGAGCUGCUGCUGAUAACCUCCCUUCAAGUGUACAAGCAUAUCUUGCUGGUCUUACAUUUGCAUUAGCAGCAUCACCUUGCAGCACACCUGUUCUUGCUACCCUUCUGGGAUAUGUUGCCACUUCAAGAGAACCCAUUAUUGGAGGAAGCUUGUCAUUGACAUACACAACGGGCUAUGUUGCGCCUCUUCUUAUUGCAGCUUCAUUUGCUGGAGCAUUGCAAAGUUUGCUGUCAUUCAGAAGAUAUUCAGCAUGGAUAAACCCAAUCAGUGGUGCAUUUCUACUUGGUGGAGGUGUCUAUACUCUUCUGGACAAGGUGUUUCCUGCAACGUCAAUGGCAAUGCGUGUAAACGAUUCCAGACAGCCAAGACAUCUUGACCUCAUUAGUCUGUAAGGGCCUCGACAAUUGGAGGCGUCGUUAAAAUUACUUAUAUCUGGAUGGAUGGAUAGAAUACAUGGAAAUCCAUAUAUGCGUAUGUACCUAAGGAUCGCGGUUUGAACCAAUGACCACAUCUGGUCAUCAGGUCAUGUGGUGGCCCCAAAUUCAGUGGUCAAUUCCUUUGCAAUUCAUUUUUCGUCGGUGUGUUUUCUGUAGGGUGCUAUAUUGCAGAAUACUUCUGUUAGUUGUAACAAUUUGACAUGAUAUGGUAAUCAGACAGUUAUAUACAGUCA